AUGACAAAGAGGUCCUGGCCCGCGGGUGUUACGUCUUGGGAGGACACAGUGAAGUUUGCACAGCUGCUGUUUGGCAUGGACAUUCCUUUUGAGAACUAUUCAGAGAGACUGCCGCACGCAACAGAGAAGUCGUUCCUUCUUUUCGCCAAGGGCGCAUGCGCAGAGGGAAGGCCUCUGCGCAAGAUCCAAGAAUUCAUUCCAAAGCAGAUGGAGGAGAUUGCAGAAUGGGAACAAAAUGUUCGUGGCAACUCGUCUAGACCGACCAAGUCGCAGCAGAUGCUCGGAAGGGAUAAAAGCCAGGUGUAUUACUGGAGCGUGCAGUUGACGCGUGCUUCCUGUUUGUGUCGUUCGGUCUUCGGAGCUGAUGCUCAUCAGAAACAUGUGCCGACCUCUGCAGAAGUCUGGGGGACCGCGAGCAAGUUCGCGAAACUAUGGGACGCUACCUUGGCACGGAACUAUGCUCACUUUCAAACUCCACACAUGCGCCCAAUUUGGCUGGACAAGACGUGGCAGGUUUUGUGGAACUGGAACGACCACAAGCAGCACCAUCACAUUGAACCUCACGCAGACUUAUGUGCCACAUACAAUCAUCUGGAUCCUAUCGCUUCUUUGUCCUUCGGUCAUGGGGGUGUACUGACUUUGACGUCCAACAUUAAGAGGUCCAAGACGCCAGUUGGACCGACGAAGAUGUUGUACCAGUCAGACGGGGACGCCUUGCUGAUGGCUGGACAGUUUCAAUCAGAGUUUUUGCACGGCGUACCUGCGCGCCGCACCUGGAGUGAAUUGAGGUCCAGUUCCAUGUAUGCCGGAAUGCAGACGUGGGAGAAAACGGGGAUGAGCCGGGAGAUUGAGAUGCACCAGGGAGCUGUGACGGAUGACCCGCAUGUGCGCAUGAAUUGUACAAUCCGCUGGCACUCCUCACAUUUCCCGGGCUGUCCGCAGGCCUUUGCUGAUCCAUCCGUUCUGGCUCGGCCGGGGGAGUUGUCUACUCCAGCUGCAGGAAGUCGCCAGCGGACUCCACCGAAGGAGUCUUCUACUCAAGCAACUCAACCGCUUUUGACUGGGGCUGCCCAGGCACCAGCUGCCCGCGUGCAGGAACCACCUGUUUUUAGCGGCAUCCGGAGGCAAGAUUCUGUAGACGAGCAGCCAAGCUCUUCCAAGACACAGCGCCUGUCGAGCCUCGAAGAAUCGCAUGAGACGAUUCGGCAUCUUUUGGCUUGUAUUGACGCGUGUGUUCGACACAGCGAGCUGUUCGCGCUGGCAAUUAAUGGCACACCAUUGGUGGGAGCCACGUCGGUCCAUGAGAAAACAUUGCAGAAGAUCGUCGAGACGGUCGACUGCCUGAGGCGGCAGCUCUUGAUCGCGUCGGAGGCCGUCCAGAGAUGUGGCUUCGACGAGUCCAAGGCUGACGCAGUCAACUACAAGGCGCUCGACGUCAUGGCACUGGCCGCGCAGCAGCGAAAAAACAUCCAGAGACACCUCGGCGAGUUUCUCGUGUCAGACCUACGGGGAGGAGGGUCUUGGAUGAUUGAGACAAAAAACCGGCCAACCCAGAACUGCUUGAGGCAGGACCCACAGUACCGGAAGUGUUUGCUUUCGCAUCACCAAUUGGCGUUAUUGCUGCAAGAGGCCUUGAGUGAAGACAUGAUGCGCCAGCAUCAAGAGAUCGCACUGGACCUGAGAACUCACGCUGCAGUGCUGCCAGAGAAGGUGACAUGUGCAAAGAGACACGCUCUAGCCAAGCAACAUCUAAAUGAAGAUCUGGGUCUGGACUCAUAUGACGUGCCAUCGGGCUCCGUGGUCCUGCUCAAGGCCGUGGAAAUUGGCUAUGUGAGUGUGGGGGACGGUAACGAGGCUCGUAGAAUCCAGACGAAUAGGAAUCUGUGGUCGAAGCUGACCGAGGAGCUGACAGUCGCAGAGAUUGCAACUAGCGUGAGAUCAGGGAUCCUGGCAGCCCUGGAGCAUCUGCGCACCUUGGAUGUUGACCGGAAGUUUUGUGAUCGGACCACCGGAGAGACAGCUAGCCAUAACUACGAUGUUUGGGUCUGGCUGACAACGGCGACCUCUCCGAAGCGCUGA